AUGAGACGCACCAGCGACUCGUUGCGGUUAAAGUCUGCACGGCGGACGCGAGCCCGCGAGAGUCUGAGAUUCUGUCCCUUUUACGGAAUCCGUCUGAGUUCGACGACGCCUUGGGCCGAGUUAAUUCUUGCGGUUGCCUAUCUGCAUGGUAAGGGAUUUGUCCACGGAGACCUUCAUCUCGGCAACGUCCUACUCAGACUCCCGCAGGAAUUUCAUCUCUGGUCUGAUGAGGAGUUGUUGGCGCGCUGUGGAGAUCCGGAACAAGAGCCGGUUCAGGCAUUUGAUGACAGGCCGAUUCCUAGAGUGUAA